GAACACACUUACAGAGUGAGAGAGACGUCUUCUGUGUGUUUCUGAAUCGAUUUUUUUUUUCUAGAUCUCAUCGUCAUCUUCCUCCCGGAUCUAACCAAAAUAAAGGAGGAGGAGAUGGAGAAGGGAGAGAGCGAGAAGAAGGCAUCAUCAAGAGUAUCAAACGUGGGUGCAUGGGCAAUGAACGUAACGAGCUCCGUAGGGAUCAUCAUGGCCAAUAAACAGCUCAUGUUUUCCUCUGGCUUCGCCUUCACCUUCGCGACAACUCUCACUGGAUUCCACUUCGCACUCACUGCUCUCGUCGGCCUCGUCUCCAACGCCACCGGCUUAUCAGCAUCCAAACACAUUCCUCUCUGGGAGCUUCUCUGGUUCUCCCUCGUCGCUAACGUCUCCAUCGCCGCUAUGAACUUCAGCCUCAUGUUGAACUCCGUUGGCUUCUACCAGAUAUCGAAACUGAGCAUGAUUCCGGUUGUGUGCGUGAUGGAAUGGGUUCUUCAUAACAAGCACUACUCCAGAGAAGUCAAGGCCUCUGUCUUGGUUGUCGUUGUCGGUGUUGGCAUCUGUACUGUCACUGAUGUCAAGGUUAAUGCUAAGGGCUUCAUCUGUGCUUCCACUGCCGUUUUCUCCACCUCUCUCCAGCAGAUCUCAAUAGGUUCACUGCAGAAGAAAUACUCAGUCGGCUCUUUCGAGUUGCUGAGCAAGACUGCUCCAAUCCAAGCCCUUUCUCUCCUCACAUUUGGCCCAUUUGUUGAUUAUUUCUUGAGCGGCAGAUUCGUCUCUACUUACAAGAUGUCUUACGGUGCCAUUUUGUGCAUUCUUCUCUCUUGCGCUUUGGCGGUUUUCUGCAACAUAAGUCAAUAUCUCUGCAUUGGGAGAUUCUCUGCUACCUCAUUCCAAGUUCUUGGUCACAUGAAAACAGUCUGCGUCCUAACGUUAGGAUGGCUUCUCUUUGACUCGGAGAUGACGGUCAAAAACGUAGCGGGGAUGAUCAUAUCCGUGGUGGGGAUGGUGAUUUACAGCUGGGCGGUUGAGUUGGAGAAACAGAGGAAGCCGAAAGCCACGCCGCACGGUAAGAACAGUAUGACAGAGGAUGAACUUAGGCUUCUCAAAGAAGGAAUAGAACAUAUGAAUUUAGAAGACAUGGAGCUUGGAGGUAACAAAUCAUAAAUAAAAAUCUCUUAAAGACAAAAGGUUGUGUUGAUUAUUUUUUUUCUUACUUAUUGUCUCCCAUCAUGUACCCUUGUUCUUUUCUUUUGCCUUUAUUUCAUAUUCUUUGUCUACUAGAAUUAUGAUUCUUUUGCUUCUUGGCAUUAAAUUUACAUAUGAAAAUUUCUUUAUACAACGGU